UCGAUUCCACCCCGAAUGGUGCUGAAAUAAGGUAACCCCCGGGGUUUGCACGUUUUGUGCAAAUUGAAAUAAUCUUUCUAGAAAUGGAUUAUGAUUAUUUGAUAAAAUUCCUGGCAUUGGGCGAUUCCGGUGUCGGCAAAACCAGUUUCCUGUAUCAGUACACUGAUGGAAUGUUCAAUUCUCGCUUUAUUUCGACGGUGGGAAUCGAUUUUAGGGAAAAAAGACUGUUGUACCAAUCCAAGGGCAGGAACCACCGGAUUCAUCUGCAACUGUGGGACACAGCAGGGCAGGAAAGGUUUCGCAGCUUAACAACGGCGUUUUAUCGGGACGCCAUGGGCUUUCUCCUGCUUUUUGAUCUCACUAACGAACAGUCGUUCAUUGAAAUUCGCAAUUGGGUGGAACAACUACGGCUUCACGCGUAUUGUGAUUGCCCCGACGUGGUCCUUUGUGGCAAUAAGGCCGACUUGGAGGACCGCCGAAUCAUAACGGAAUGGCGGGCGCGCGAAAUGGCGGAAAAGCUUGGACUAGUUUAUUUGGAAACUAGCGCCGCAACUGGUCAAAACGUGUCAAGAGCCGUCGAGACGCUCCUGGAAAAAGUCAUGAUUCGUAUGGAGACGGCCGUCGAUCGGGCCAUGCUUCCAGGGCGUCGGGGGCGUCCCCGGGACCCCAACGACGUCGAUUUCAACGCGCCCCCGACCCACAAUUGCACCUGUUAAUGUGCUACAACCGAUUCAGUAUUGUCGUUACUCCCUGAAGCCUAUCGUUAAUC